GCAAGUUCCUAACACUAUAAAAUGGCCUAAACAUACCUCAAUUUUCUUCAUAACAAAUUCAUCAAUCAUCCUUAUUUCUCUGUUGAUUAUCCUAUUUCAAUCAAAAUGACAAACUUGAAAACUACAACUACUCUGUUCUUCUUCUUAUUCUUAAUUGUCAUGACUUCAUUACCAUCAAUAACUCUCUGCGAUGAAAAACUCAUAGAAAGCACUUGCAGGCAAACACCAAACUUCAAUCUCUGCGUUCAAUCUCUUAAAUCAUUCCCCGGAAGCGCCACCGCCGACGUCAGAGGCCUGGGCCUAAUAAUGGUGAAGGUGAUGCAAUCAAAAGCAAAUGAUGCCAUUAACAAGAUUCGUGAGCUUCAACGAAGUGCACCAAGUCCAGCACUGACUUCUUGUGCAAGCAAGUAUAACGCAAUUGUGGUUGGUGAUAUACCAGAAGCCAAUGAAGCUUUUUCGAAAGGUAUGCCUAAAUUUGCAGAAAAUGGAGCAAAUGAUGCUGCUAAUGAAGCUACCUUUUGUGAAAAUGGAUUCAAUGGGAGAUCACCUCUCACCCAACAGAACAAUGCUAUGCGCGAUGUUGCUGCUAUUACUGCUGCUAUUGCUAGACAGUUACUAUAGUUAAUUUGUUAGUUAGUUAAUUACAUUCAAUAAAUAAUACAUGCUUCUAUCUGCUAUCAGAUAUCUGGAACGUGGUGUUCUCCAAUAAUGCAUGUAUGAAUAACAUAUCGUAGUGAUUUUCAAUUUCUCAUGUGUUUCGAAUACCAUAAUAUAUUUAAUUUUGUCAUGUUACAA